AUGGAUUAAGACAACAAGGAAAUAGAUGAGGAAUAGUUUAAAAAGGAAUUCGAGGAAAAGGUCGAAAAACGUAAACAAUGGUUAUUGGAAGAAUUGAAGAGCUGUGGAAAGUUUUUAGAUGUGAGUGCAAAGAAAUUAGAUGAUCUAGAUGCUUUGACUGUAAUGAUAUAUAUUCAAAUUUAUUUAGAUUGCUCUCUUUCUUCAUGAAUGCCAAACUGAACUAACAGUAUUCCACAUUGGAGCUAAUUAAAUAACUGAUAGAGGAUUGAUUGACAUGUUGACCGGAUUGCAAUGGCAUGACAAAUUAAAGGAAAUCUACAUUGGGAAUAAUGAAAUUACUGAAGUAGCAAAAUUGUGACCUAUGUCAUUAGAUUGGUGUUUAAGGUUUGAUAGAGAUUUCAAGUUGCUUCAAAUAAUUGAAAAUCUUGAGUAUGAGUGCUUGUUUAAUUGAUGAUUCAACAUUCAUUUAACUUUGCUAUGCAUUGCCAGAAUUAAAGAAUCUACAGUUAUUGCAAGUGCCUGGCAACAAUAUAUCCGAUUAUGGUAAUGAGAUUACUAUAUUUUAAUAGGAUUGGUGUGCUUCUCCACAUUGUUGGCAACCAAUUGUCUACCAAAUCUUACAGUGGUUCAUUUUGGCAAUAAUCCAUUGACAUCAAAAUCUCUGGUCCCAUUCUUUUAGGCCUAGUCUAAAGUAUCUCAAGAAAUUGCAAUUGUGGAAUAAUCAUUUAACCGAUAAGGCCAUAUAUGAAUUUAUUAAUGUACUUGAGAGGGAGGACAUUGGAUUAACCUAUGUUGGAUUGUAGGAUAAUGAAAUUGAAGAAUAUGAUCUGGUUGAGGAUUUGAAUGCUCUACUCAAGUAGAAUGAACUCAUUGACAAGUUGACAGAACAGAUAGAACAUAAGGAAGAGACUGAAGAGGUGGAUGAAGACAAGCAGGUCAAAUAGAUGAUCGAACUUGCUAAAUUAGAAGAAAUUGAAGAGAAAUUGGGACAAUUGGAAAAGCUGAAUGAACCUUAGGAAGACAGAUCGGAUGUGGUUAAUGAAUUGCAAGGGAAAUUAAAAACUUAGAAAUGGGCUGGAGAGAUUGAAGAUCCUGAAGAUAAAACAUUGAAACACUCGGUAAUGGAAUGA